AUGAGACGUGCCCAUGGUUCGAAUGGCGAGCGGCUUUUUAAAUCAACCGAAUUUCUUACCUCUCAGCAGAUUUCUUCAUAUUUCUCUCGCCUUUCCGCGACAACUCGCCAACAGACCCUCACCCAUGAAGCCGACCUUACCGCCAUUGAAGAUGAAAUAAACUUUUCCACGGCUAGAGACCAAGUGAUGGCUACUGUCACACUCCAACAUCCCAUUGUUUUUGACCAGUACAACAUCUGUGCCAUGGCAGAAGAAGACACAUUAAAGAACUUGAAGGUUUCGUUGCUUCAGGUGAUUUGUCAAGGCCUCAAUCUUGACAUUCCCGAUCAACCAAUUCGCCGUAAAGCUCCAUACCUGAAGUUGCUCAAAGAAGCCAUCAGUAGUUGUAGAUGCCAAAGCCAAGGCUGA